UGUUAACGUUGACAACCGUUUGACCGGACGACUCGGUGUAUGACAGCGUAGCUAACUAACACUAGUCACGAAGGUGUGGGGACUCUUGUUAUUAGAUUAAUAUUCAUUCAGUAACUAAGUUUUAUCGCUCUUUUUAAUUUACGCAUAUAGCAGCUUUGGAGAUAAUCUUAAAGGUAUGCUAACAUGUGGAAGACGAGCGAGCUAACAAGCUAGCAGCGGUAACGGUAUUUUGGGUUUACUGAUGUUAAACAGUCUGCAGCUGGCUCAGUUGGCUCGUGUGAAUGGCUCAGCUAACAAGCUAACGAUGAGCAGUGGGUCAAAGCCGAAGACUUUCUGGAAAUAGACUUAAAGAGGAAUAAGCGAAGAAGCAUGGGGAGUUACAGGGAUGUGAUUUCAAGCACGGGCUGUUAUUUACAACAGGACAUCCACGGUGUAGGAUUAGCUUGUUGUCUCCGUGGAUUGACGACAUUUGCAUCCUCCAGCCGCCUCAAACACGGGCGUCGGUGAUGCUGUCCACCGCUGGCCAAAUGGGACAGAGCACCCAAACUUCAUCAUAAACCAUGAAAAGCUGCGAGUAUCAACAAAUCGACCCCCGGGCACUUCCGACGCCCACACCGACCCCUCCGCCUCACCAGGGACACGACGGUGACAGGAGAGAGGAGCCGAAGAGACCCAAGAGGAAGUGGGAAGUUUUCCCCGGGAAGAAUCGCUUCUACUGCGAUGGACGGAUCAUAGCGGCCCGACAGACUGGGGUCCUACCCCUAACCCUGGGCCUUAUUCUCAUCACAAGUGGAUUAUUCUUUAUAUUUGACUGUCCCUUCCUGGUCCAACACCUGACCAGCUGCAUACCUGUUAUCGGAGGAGGCCUCUUUGUGUUUGUGCUCAUCACCCUGCUCCAGACCAGCUUCACUGACCCUGGCAUUCUGCCCAGAGCGACGCCAGAUGAGGCAGCAGACACUGAAAAGCAGAUUGACAACACUGGAAACACCAGCUAUCGGCCUCCACCACGCACCAAGGAAGUCCUCAUCAACCAGCAGGUGGUGAAGCUGAAAUACUGCUUCACCUGCAAGAUGUUCCGGCCUCCGCGCACCUCUCACUGCAGCCUGUGUGACAACUGUGUGGAGCGAUUCGACCAUCACUGCCCUUGGGUGGGGAACUGUGUGGGAAAACGCAACUACCGUUUCUUCUACACCUUCAUCGUGUCGCUCUCCUUUCUGACAGCAUUCAUCUUCGGCUGUGUGACCACACAUCUGGCACUAAGGGCUCAGGGUGGCAAAGGCCUGGUGUUUGCUCUACAAGAGAGUCCAGGCAGUGCAGUGGAGCUGGUGAUAUGUUUCUUCUCAGUCUGGUCCAUCUUGGGCCUCUCAGGCUUCCAUACAUACCUGGUUGCUUCCAACCUGACCACCAAUGAAGAUAUCAAAGGCUCCUGGUCGGGGAAGAGUGGAGAAGGAGUCACCAACCCAUACAGUCAUAGAAACAUCUUUAUCAACUGUUGUUCUGUGCUCUGUGGACCAUUGCCACCCAGCUUGAUUGACAGACGAGGUUUUCUGCCCGCAGACGAAUCUGCCCAGACAGCCGGUGCGGACAUCGAGCUGCCCACUGUGGCCACUAAAAGCGAGAUAAACGUGUGCACACAAGGAACUAAAGGUCUGCUGGAGUCGGCCACCCUCCCUCCAAUCCUGUCCACCUCGUGUCCUCAGGGGAAACCCCAGACAGCUCAUACCUGCCCAGACAGCAGCCCCGUGGUGAACCCUGACCCCUCACCAGAGCUCUCCUCAAGCUGCGGGGCGCGCCACACGACUAGGUCCCAAGGCGAUACCUCUCCACCGCGUCACACCAAGACUCGAUCAAAGAAAAGCAAACAAGUGGCUUUGCAUAUUACCAACCCUUCCUUUGAUGUCCCUCUUUCCCCUACCUCUCCAGACGCUGGCCCCAGCUCCAAAGCCAGGGGCCACAAAAGUGCCAGCUUCACCCCUUUGCGCUGACUGAAAUGACAGCUUUCUCAAGUGAAAACACACAUUGUUUGAAGCUUGCAUGCUGUAACACAGUCAGAUACAAGUGGUUUGAAUUCAAAAUCUUUAUUAUUUGUCGGUUGUCUGGAAGCUCGGGGUGUGUGUGAGGACGACAAUCACAAAGAUGUAUUUGUUCAGUUUGUGGUGGAAAUAGGAACACUAGAGAUUGGGUGCAUCCUCACUGUAAAGGACGCAGACUUUGUUGUAGAAUGAAAAGCACAUGAAGAGACGUUAUUUGUCAGAUAGAGGACCUGAUGUGCUGACAGCGUCGUAUGCCUUUCUGAUGAUUCUCAUGUACAAACAUGAUUUUACCAGCAUGUCAGAUCCAUCAGAUAUUGUGAAAUAGUGGCUUUGAUGUAUCCGGUGGACGAAGUCUGGGAGCUUGAACAGCUUCGUAUGGUCUUAAAGGGAAAGUCCAUCCCAAACAUAGAAUUCACAUAUGUUAUUUCUAUAACAUCAUGCAGCUCUGGUUCUAGUGUGAAUUUGAGCCAAUUUCCCCUUAAGCUGAACAGCAGAGAGACAGUUUGUACUGGUGAUGUCAUCUUGAGACAUGCUGGCGGUCACAGGACUCUGACAGCAGUCGUGGAGUGUUUUUUAGACUAUGAGGACAUUUUGCCAUUCAUAGCUAAAAGCUCUGCGUUCAAAUGAAGCUGCUUUGGAUGUACAGAUGGGUGACAAAUUAAAGCUCAUACGGCUGGGCCUCUUUAGCAGGUUAAUCUGGCGCCUGGUGGGGAGCACUGUCUAACAAGCUCCAGUAAGAGAUCCAGUAACUGUGAGGGCCACAAUGCCCUCCAAAGCAAAAAUGUAAUUAUUAUGUAAUUAUUAGGCUAUUAGGUAGAAUCUGAGCUGAGGCCGGAGUCCUACUUUUUGACAUCCACCUUAACAUAUAAAACAUUUUUAUGUCAUAAAACUGUCCACAAACAUUUCUGUUGACUCCUUUUGCUACACUCUAAACAGACGACGACAAGGAAGAGAGCUGUAUCAAGUGAAAGCCAGCGUAUGAGAUAGCAACAGCUAGCCUUAGCUAAAGCUACCUUUACUUAUUGAUUUUUACUUUUACUUGUAAACAAAAAAUACAAAUUUCGAUGAACAAAAACAAACAGUUAAACUAUAAACUAUAAUUAACUAGCCUAAAGGUCCAGUGUGUAGGAUUUAAGGGGAUAUAUCGGCAGUGGUGUGCCCAAGGGGGUUCAAGGGGAACCACCCCCGGGCAAAAAUAAUUGGAGGCUGAUAUUACUAUCUUGUGAAACUAGACAACCUAAGGCAUCCAUUGCUACCAACCAUGUUGGCAUAGCUUGUUGGAAAAGGGGCUAACUAAUGCUCCAAAUUUAAGCUAAAGUUUGGCAAGGGAACAACUGGCACGACCAUUUUCAAAGGGGUCCCUUGAACUCUCACCUCAAGAUAUCUGAAUGAAAAUGGGUUCUAUGGGACUGUAAGUUCUAUAGGCUUGUUCCCAGUAAAUGUUUUCUUCCUUACAAUCAAUGUACUCCUUCAAAUUAAAGCUGUAUAUUAGUCUUUUUCACGAAAAGGACAAUCAGUGUUUUAGAAUGCCAAUGACUUAUCUGACAUGUAUUGAUACAUAAAGCAUUAAAAACAGGAUUGUUGUGAAACUCAAAAUAGUAAAGUACAAAACUGUACUGGUGAUAGUUUAUGCACAUCCGACAAUUAGUAAUAUAAACAAUAAAAUAAACAAAAUCAAUUAUAUUGUUUCCCAUUAUUGUUUGUUUAAUAUGGUUUAAACCUUACAAUAUAUUUUAACAGCGAAAACCUGAUGUUCCCUCACAGUAUUUGAUGUUGGUGUGCCGCCCUAAAAUUUUCUGUUUCUCCAACUCAACAGCAUUGCUGUCUUCUCAUUAUAUUAGAAUGAGCUGUUUAUAUCUACAUCCCGAGAGGGUCCUACUUCUCCAGAGUCUGCCAUGUUGUUUCUACAGUAGCCCACAACGGACAAAUCAAACACUGUCUCUAAAUAGGGCCAUUCACAUUUUCCUGUCAACCGCCAUAGCUCUCCUAGACACUUGACACAUGAGAUACGCCUCAGUAUCAUAAUAUCAGUAAGCUUUUGACUCUCAACCACUUUUGUGUGACUCUUAAGGCCUUUGCUUUCAUCUGGCUCACUUCUAUAGUGAAUUACAAAGUGAAAAUAAACUAUUUCCCAUUUUUCUGGGGACCCACUACAACUCCCUGAGGGACCUCUUGGGGUCCCUGGACUCCUGUUUGAGAACCACUGCUCUAGUGGAAUUCAUGUGAUUUGGAGUUGUCAAGACACGGAUAAACCUCGUAUUUAAAUGUGUCUGAUUACAGAUUAAUGUUUAUAUCGUUCAAAUGUAGGCCUACGUAUUAAUAGAAGACAGACAGACAGACAUCGUGCAAAAUAGAGACACAUUUAAUCCGUAUGAAAUACUUCUACAUACUUCUGUAGUGACUGCUGUCUGCCUUUGUCGGUCAGUGUAGCCUCUGCAUUCAAGUUUUCCUUUGUCCAGUAUCGGUAAUAUGUCAAACAAAUGUAUAUGAGUCCAUCGAGCCAACCCCAAAAAUGCUCAUGUGAUGUCACAGCUUCCUUUGUUUAAAGUCUUUACCAUCCAGUAUUUUGAAACUGCACAUGUGAGUUCUCUUUUGAUGGAUUUUCCCUUUAACUUUGCACAAACAGCACAGUGUGUAUCAGUUGUAUCGGUGUGUACUGUUGUUCAGAUUUUCGUGCUGUAUAAAUGGCAGUGAAUGCAACUGCAUGAUUUUGACUAAAGACCUAUUUUUUUGUUUAUCCACAUCCAUUCAAACAUCACUUUAUACAUCUGAGAGAUCCUGUACCACUUCUUGUAGGACAGCUGUGAUAUGGACUCCUGAACAUACUGUAGUUGUGUUCCUGAGCUAAAGCAGCACUGUUCAUCACUUGUGCUGCACUGCCUCCUGCUUGUGCUGUCAUUAAUAUCACACAGCGAUUUAAAGCUUCCACUUUCUGCUCACUAACUUUGUACCUGCAGCAGCAAUACCUGUGCUCUCCUCCUUCAAAUAGUUUUACUUUGUGCGCUUUGACAAAUCUAGGAAGAUCUACAUGAACACUGAGUGUGUUGAUUUGUUCUCAGGUGGAAAUCUGUAGGGGUUAGGUGUCCAAUAUGCAAGUUCCAUGUGACAUAUAUCAUGUUUAUCCACAUUGUAACCUGAUGGCAAUAGCUGCACCAAAAUGCAACAAUCCAAACAAUUCAUGCACUAAACGUAGGCAUGCACGCACACACGCACACACACACACACACACACACACACACACACACACACACACACACUGUUUGUAGCCCACCUAAAGCGUGUUAACACUGAGUAGAGCAUCAUCACUUCCUGUGCAGUAUUCGCCGUGUCAAAAGUCAUCCCAACACCUUCUGGAUGUCGAUUAGAGUGACUGCAAGUUACGCACUUCUGAGGAGGAAAACAUUGUAUUUGUACAAACUGUGAGGUUAUUUCAGACGAUGGAAAAGGAAAAUAAAGUUCAGUGAAAUAAAGAGGCUCAGUUUGUUUUUAUGCCACUGAGGUGCUGCAGUCGACCACUAGAUGACAGUGAUGGCCUACAGUAUAAACACGGAGCUGCAGUCAGAUAAUCCAGUGUUGUAAAUACUGUGUACAAAUUGAGUUGCAGCCAUUUUUAGCACUUUCCCCCUCCAGCUCAGCCUCAUGUACUUUGCUUCUCCUUGUCUCCUCUCCUUUUUAAUGA